CGUUGGCGAGCAUCGCUGCGGUCACAGCAGGAACAUCAGACCGUGUGACGCGGGAACGGAGACAUAAAAAUUGGCUCUUUGUUUCCCGGCAGAGAAUCAAACCUUCCUCCGUCGGAGGGUCCAUGGAGAGCAGAGCCUCGCUCGUGUCCGCCGGCAUCAGCUCGACUUUGAUCGGAUGUCUUUCAUCUCCGCGCCGCCGUUAGAUGUUGUCCAUCCAGGAUUAACUGGUUGACCGAUGGCUCCCAAACAUGCGCUCCCUCCCAGCGGUUGUGCGGCGGCACCGAGCCUGCAUGCACGGGGACUGGCCGGCGGCUUGCCGAGGAAGGGGAAGACUAUGCUGGGCCGGUGCUUCUUCAGCGUCGGUGCGGUGCUGAUGCUGAUCCAGUGCUGCUCGGUUGCUGAUGCUGAUCAUCAUGACUUAAUGUUUGCCAUGCCAAUGGACCCAGGUGUGACCUCUGGCCUCUCAGUCACCUUGGGGACUGGGGCCAAAGACAAAGACACAACAAAAGGUACCGACCCCAGCCAAAAGUUAGCGGAGUACAGGACCUCUGAGUGGAAUGAAUCAGAAGCUGGAGUAGCAGUUGGAAGAGACAGCAAAGUCAUGUCAGACCCUGCAACCGGGACAAGAACCAAGGCUGAAGGGAAGCUGUUGAACCCAAAGUGGAACUUAACUGCCUGGCCUGGCCAGCAGAGGUUACAGGUGGUUGGAGAGGACCAAGGAGGGCAGGCAUCCUCCUCAUCAGUCCUUAUGAUGGAGGCAGAGACACUAGAACCACCAGCAGCAACAAAGCCUUUAGGACUGCUGUCGAAAGCUGCUUGGACCAAAAUCUCAUCUUCAUCAUCCUCUUCAUCCAAAACCUCCUCCUCUUCUGGCUCUACAAAAAAAACUUUGAUGCCACGAUCUUCAUCCUCGAUGCCAGUCAUUAACGACAACAUCCAGGCAGGGAAGUCCAAAAAUGUCUCGGUAAUUGAUGUGAGCAACAGCUCCUCAGACGGCAGCAGCAACAUGACUUCAGAUGCCGUCCAGUAUACCAACGAGUCUGCAAGCAGCCUUCCAGCCUGGGAUCUCCCCACCGUUCCAGAGUCCCUCUUGUCCACCGUGGGCGACCAUGACAUCACACUUCCUGACAAUGUCACCAGCCCUUUCUCCACUCAUCAAUGGAAUACCACGGUGCCCGUACGCACCAGAACUUCCUCUCAGAUUACAACUACCACGGACACGCCGUCCACCACAGCAUCCACACUCUCUUUUCCAACAAACAUUAUGCCCAGUGCGAUUCCACCGCUAUUGUCCACUGCUGCUCCGAGCACCGCAAGCUUGAACAGUGAGAUUGACGACUCUCUGCAGGUGGUGACGCUGACAACAAUGGAACCCUCGAUGACCAAUUCUUCUGUGAGCGUCUCUGCUUUGACAGCGCCAGCACUGACCACAAGCAUUACUGUUACAGUCUCCCCAAAUAGCCCAGCUGCCGUAAACACGCAGCCAUCACCAAACCUCAAACUAACCACAGCAGCUGUAACUCAACCUGCAACCACCUCCACUACUACUACUAGUACUCGUACUAUUAUUACUACUCUUACACCUACUACUGCAGCACCUCCAACCAGUACAACCACACCUGCCCCAUCAUCCACAACCACCCCCGUUCCUAUAACUACUACUACCAAAUUUGCAACUACUACACCAGUACCCACCACCACCACCACUACUGCUGCUGCUACCAUAGCAGCUACUACAUCAAAAACGGUACCUCCUACCACCUUGUUUGUCCCCGUUCAAACUAUACCACCAAUGACGACGACCACAGAACACUCAAGCAGCACCAUUACAGAAGAAAGUCCUUUACCAUGCAAUGUCACGGAGAAGUACUGGGUCAAAACCGUUCUGUCUGUUGAGAUCCGAAAGAACCGACUCGAUCUGGUCCUGAAACAGAAUCUGGCUAAAGGAUUGAGUCACGCACUGCAGAGAGCCCUGAAUGACUCCACUGCUUAUGCACAGGUGGAACGUGAGGACUGCGGCCCAUUCAACGUAACGCUGGGCUUCUAUGUGGCCGGUGUCAAAACUGUCUACAUUUCCUCUUAUGUUGUGGAGGCACUCAGCGUGUAUGGUUUUGAUAAGCUGCUCUCUGACAUCAGACAGCACACCACAUUGGUCAAGGCAGUUCUGGUUCCCGUGGCAGCCUGGAUGCCCAUCCCGAGUAUUCAUUUCCAGCUAAAAACAGUGUUGAGGUUUGUUGGCCCGACAGACAACAUCUACUCCUGCAGUUUUGCCCAGAUGCUUGAGCAGAGACUGGAGGCCGCCUUUGAUGAGGCUCAGGACAAAGUGCUGGAGACCUACAGCAGGCUCACCGUGGAGAUCCAAAGUGUGUCCCAGGACCUGGGAUCUCCAUCAGUUUCCCUCGUGUAUGUGGUGAAGAAUCAGGACACAGAACUGAAUGGAACCAUCUCCAGUGGCCUCCUCAACCAAUUGACUGCUGAGCUGGUCGGCUACUUCUUGUUCUACCCGCCAUUGGUUAUUGCUGAGCCCCUCGAAUACCACAAUCUGAACACGUCCACAGCGACCAGGAACUACUGGGUUAUAACAGUGAUCCAGGAUGUGGACAGGUCUUCACUGGAGGCCAACUACCAAAGCUUUGCCAAUUUGAUGGAGCAGCGCUUAGCUGAGCUCUUCCAUGUCGCUGGCAGGCAGGGUUCUCAAACUUUGCGAUCCAGGCGCGCAACUUCAGUGGGGGCCUUCACCGUACAGAUGGUGAGCAUGCGUCGGCUGCCUGGUCCCAGGAACUCAGCAGAGAUGACAUAUUAUGCACUGUUGAAUGGAGCGGCCAUGACUGGAACUACUGCCGCCAAGACGCUGAGUAGUUUGGACUCCCAGACCAUGGCACUGACUCUAGGCUACUUUGUACAAGUGCAAGCUGAACCUGUGGUGAAGAUGCCGCCGAGCAACCUGUGGCUCAUGGCUGUUCUCACGCCUCUAUGCUUGUUGAUGGUGGUAAUCGGCAUGGUGGUCUUCAUCCUCUGUAAAAGGAACAGGGUCAUCUUCAAAGCAGGCGCUUUCAGAAACUUCAAGAGUCGCACUAAGACUUCGUAUCGGCGGGAGGGCAGUUACCACCACCAGCCUGUGCAGGGUUUUGAUUACGCCAAAAAGCACAUGGGUCGAAACGGUGACGAGGCCAUCUCUUUGAAUAAGGAGACUUUGGUGUUGGGACUGCCUGUGCGAGAUCCCCCGCUGUCAAUGUCAUUGGAUAAGAAGGUCUACCAGGACGGGACUGCCAACAAGAGGCCGCCAUCUGCCGACAUACACAAAGGAGGGCGGUUGCCAAGCGAGGAUGGUUCAAUGUCGAGUAACAGCUCCGGGAAGCUGAACGCCAGCAAGAGCUCCUCAGCCCGGAAGACGGCCACUGGUGGCAGCUGCAAGAACGGCAAGGAGGAUCUGCACAAGAGAAACACCAAUGACCCAUAUGAAGAUCAUACAGGAUCUUUACGGCUCAUAACCAUCAAACCCUUGACAGCACAGCCAACUUAUUCCUACCCCUCAUCCUCUUCUCACAGCCAAGACUCUGUCAUCGUUAAUGGCGAGGCAAAUCAUGGCGGGCUUAAGCCAAAGUCCGACAUCGAACACUACAGAAACAAACUGCGGCAGAAAGCCCGUAGGAAGGGUUACGGAGAGUUCUCCCUUUCGGAGAGUGGGAGCCAUGGAUAUGGUCGGCACAGUCGACAUAACAACGGAGUUAAGGAACCAAUGACAGCCGAGGAGAAAAGGGCCUCCUUCGCCGGAUGUCAUAAAAGGUACUCCCAUCCACGGGAGCCCACUUACUGGAGCAGGCAGUCCCUGAGCAGCCCCAGCCCAGUGGAAACCGAGAUGGACCUUCUGGUUCUAAGGGAGCGAUCUAGGCGAGGAAUCCGCAACAACGGCUAUGAUGGUGAACCCGAGCCGUACGAGGAGACCAAUGUGGACCGUCUGAUGAGCUCUCUUGGUUAUGGAGGUGGAUCUACUGGCACCGGGAACGGUAGCCUGGGGGUGAAAGCUCACCGCGGCUCAGACUCCUCCACACUCAGCUCCCAGCCAUCCAUUGACGACGUCCGCACACAGAUGAACAUGUUGCUUGGCAACGCUUUCAGCCUGGCACACUCAGAACAUGACCCACCUUCGCCUCCGACUAAUCGACGCCGCCAUCACCACCACCGCGCCCACAGCGCCUACAAACCGUCCCACGUGGGCCACUACAGUGAUGGCGUGACCAGCGCACCUGGAACCAUGAACCAUCCCUGUGGAGGCAGGCAAAGGAGCCUGGGAUUUGAAGAUUUGCACCAGUGUAGUUUGCCCAAACCGGGUUUCCGGUUCACACAGCUCCCUGAUAUGGGCAUCGGGUCUCCCCCGCCACUCAUCCCCUCAAGACCAGGACCACUACCUGGACCUCCACUGCGACGUUCUAUUCCCGAUGUGAGCCUGAAACCUCGAGUGUCUGAGGCCUCAGACCUCCAAGCCCAGCAGCACAAUGGUGCUCCCUACCUGCCAUUGUCCAGGACCACCUUCCCUGCUGUUACUGUUGACCAGUCCAUCAGCACCUACUCAGGAAACCCAAUAACAGCAGUGUACGCAAUAUCAGCCAACCAACCAGAUUACUCCGACUACUUCGUCAUGUCGCCUCCAUCUUCGUACCGUAGUCCAUCCUGGAUGUCCUACCCGCCUGAGCCAGAAGACCUUCCACAGCAGUGGAACGACCCCCCGAGCUCACGACACCUUGAAACUAUCUGCUGAAGUCCCGCGCCAUCGAGCUUUGUGUUUGUUUGGGUGGGAAGAUGACCUCUGUCUAAAGUUGUUCAAUUCAAGCGGAGGUUCCACUAUCUUCCAUCGCUUCCUUGUUUUUCUGGAACCACAUCCCAAAGACUCUCUUCUCCACACUUGGUCCGUCCUCACGGCCCCUCACUGAUCAGUUUUCUUACCAACAGCCAUAUUUGUCUGAGACCCUGACCUAUACCCUUGGUUCCUACGUGGUGAGCACUGUACAGAACAACAACAAAGACUCCCUCAACCUGCUAUACCAUCUGGCCCUUGAACAGCGCGAAGCCGUGCCUCGCAGUGUGUCCAGCUCAUCGUCACGGCCCCCUGCCCAGCACGGGACAGCACAUCCAGUCCAGUCCCCAGCACAGACCAGUCUCCUGGUCCACUUAUUAAACUGACACACAUAGGACUGGGCCAUCCUGGGCUUGACCCCCGACUGACAUAAAACUGUGCUUUCUUUCUUUUGCUCUUUUUUUAGAGAAGAAUCUAAAUGUCUGCGUAAACCUUCUGCCACUAGUUAGCGUGUAAUUUAAACUCCAGUCCAAAAAAUGGAAAGAAAAGAAAAAAAAAGAAAAACAAAUAUUUUAUGUCAAUUUUUUGGGGUUUUAGACAUGUGGUUUUGUCUUUACAUUUGUGCAUUGACUACUGGAAACAAGUGUUUUUUUUCCCUUUCACUCACCAUAUUUCAAAGCAAAAAAAAAAACUUUAGUAACAUUUUAGCAUGGGGAACAUAUUCACCAUUAAUUACAAAACCCGUUUCCAUAUGAGUUGGGAAAUUGUGUUAGAUGUAAAUAUAAACAGAAUACAAUGAUUUGCAAAUAUUUUUCAACCCAUAUUCAGUUGAAUGCACUACAAAGACAAGAUAUUUGAUGUUCCAACUCAUAAACUUUUUUUAUGUCUUGCAAAUAAUAAUUAACUUAGAAUUUCAUGGCUGCAACACAUGCCAAAGUAGUUGGGAAAGGGCAUGUUCACCACUGUGUUACAUCACCUUUUCUUUUAACAACUCUCAAUAAAUGUUUGGGAACUAAAGAAACUAAUUGUUGAAGCUUUGAAAGUGGAAUUCUUUUCCAUUCUUGUUUUAUGUAGAGCUUCAGUCGUUCCACAGUCCGGGGUCUCUGCUGUCGUAUUUUACGCUUCAUAAUGCGCCACACACGUCUGGACUGCAGGCGGGCCACGAAAGUACCCGCACUCUUUUUUUAUGAAGCCACGCUGUUGUAACACAUGCUGAAUGUGGCUUGGCAUUGUCUUGCUGAAAUAAGCAGGGGCGUCCAUGAAAAAGACGGCAGCAAAUCUUGCUCCAAAACCUGUAUGUACCUUUGAGCAUAAGUGGUGCCUUGGGCACUAAUGCACCCCCAUACCGUCACAGAUGCUGGCUUUUGAACUUUGCGUCAAUAACAGUCUGGAUGGUUUCGCUUCCCCUAUGGUCCGGAUGACACGAUGUCGAAUAUUUCCAUAAACAAUUUGAAAUGUGGACUCGUCAGACCACAAAACAUUUUUCAUCUUAGAUGAUCUCGGGCCCAGAGAAGCCGGCUGCGUUUUUGGAUGUUGUUGAUAAAUGGCUUUCGCUUUGCAUAGUAGAGAUUUAACUUGCACUUACAGAUGUAGCGACAAACAGUAUUUAGUGACUGUGGUUUUCUGAAGCGUUCCGGAGCCAAUGUGGUGAUAUCCUUUAGAGAUUGAUUUCGGUUUUUGAUACAGUGCCGUCUGAGGGAUCGAAGGUCCUAGUCAUUCAAUGUUGGUUUCCGGCCAUGCCGCUUACGUGAAGUGAUUUCUCCAGAUUCUCUGAAAUUUUUGAUGAUAUUAUGGACCGUAGAUGUUGAAAUCCCUAAAUUUCUUGCAAUUGCACUUUAAGAAAUGUUCUUCUUAAACUGUUUGACUAUUUGCUUUUGCAGUUGUGGACAAAGAGGUGUACCUCACCCCAUCCUUUCUUGUGAGAGACUGAGCAUUUUUUGGGAAGCUGUUUUUAUACCAAAUCAUGGCACCCACCUGUUCCCAAUUAGCCUGCACACCUGUGGGAUGUUCCAUAUAAGUGUUUCAAUCCAAUCCAAUCCACUUUAUUUAUAUAGCACAUUUAAACAACAAUAACGUUUCCAAAGUGCUGCACAGCCAUGUUAAAAACAAUAUUAUGCUCCACCAAUGACUGAAUAAAACAAAAAAUGAAUAAAAACAAAACCAAUAAAAACAAUAUAAAAACAAAUAUGAUUAAAAACUAUUUUAAAGGGUAAAAUCAAUUAAAACAGUAAAAUAAAAAUAAAAGUGUAUAAAAAACACAGAGGACAACAGAGGACAGAGGACCACACAACUCACGUAGUGUUAAAAGCCAAAGAAUAAAAGUGGGUCUUAAGACGAGACUUAAAACACUCCACUGUGGAAGCAGUUUGAACAUGGAGCGGCAGAGUGUUCCAGAGCUUAGGGCCGACCACAGAGAAGGCCCUGUCUACCCUGGUCUUAAGUCUGGUCUUGGGCACCACGAGCUGGAGCUGGCUUUCGGACCUCAGAGCGCGCGCAGGGAUGUAAAUUUGGAUGAGGUCCGAGAUAUUUUCAGGUGCCAGUCCAUGUAAAGAUUUAAAAACAAACAGCAAUGUUUUAAAAUCAAUUCUAAAAUGAACAGGGAGCCAGUGCAAACUCUGAAGAAUUGGUUUGAUGAGCAUUCAUCAACUUUAUCUGUAUUUAUUGCCACCUUUCCCAACUUCUUUGUCACGUGUUGCUGGCAUCAAAUUUUAAAGUUAAUGAUUAUUUGCAAAAAAAAAUGUUUAUCAGUUUGAACAUCAAAUAUGUUGUCUUCUUAGCAUAUUUAACUGAAUAUUUGCCAACUCAUAUGGAAACGGGGUUUGUAGUUGCUUAUUUACAUGCAAAUUAGUGACAUAUUGGCUCUUAAUUUGUCAUUAUUAAGUACUUAUUAAUGCCUUAGUCUGCAUGGCCUUAUUAUACAAUCGUACAUUACCCUCCCUAACCCUCUUACCCUAACACUAACCAAAUAUCUCUAAAUUAAGUCUUUGUUACUUAGAAUAUGUUCCCCAUGCCAAAAUUUUACCAAAACUUUAAAACAGAAACAUUUCUGUACUUUGUUUACCGUUUUUAACAUAUAUGGAAGAGUGGGGGAAAAAAUGAAUUACCCCCAAGUUUGUCAGUCAUUUUAUUUUGCUGAGCCAUUUUUGUUGGCUUGGGCGUCGUCGUUUCUCGGUCCAGUCGGCUCCGAAGUGAAGACCUGCGACUAUUUAAAGUAUUUUUUUCAGAUAAAUACCAAUUUACUUGAAAGAUGUCUGCCGUAUUCUACGGCAUAAAUACAUUGUUGAUGAUUUAUGUCUUGAGGAGGGGACUAUUUAGAUGGAUUAUUAGUCACUGCACUGAGUAUUGCUGUCCAAGUCACCUGCUGGUGACGGCCAGGCUGUGUGUGUACCAUGUCCGUGUACUUCUGUAUAUAGCAGAUGAUUUAUUGAAGAUAUUUAUGCAAGUUGUGCGGGAGGGCAAUUUUCUUGACAUCGUUCUGAUGACUUGUCUCUUUCACUGCAUAUUUGAUGCGGCCGUUGACAUCUGUGAAGGCUUUACACCGUUUUCCAGAAACGUUUCGACCCAUCGUAUUAUUACUCAAAAACACCACCGUCAUCAUAAAAAGGAAAUCUGGUCCAUAGGGACGCGCGGCGGAUUUUAUGCCCGCGAUGCAUCCGUUCGCUGCAUUCCCAACGUUUGAUCGAGCAAAUAUAGCCAUACGAGUCAAAAUAUUGCAAUUUUUGUACAAGAAUGUCAAAGUCGAAGUAUUUACGCUAUUGCCUCUCGAGAGAAGUGGAAACAUUAGUACUCUGUGUAUUGUUUAAAGAGCUCCGAAUCACAGAGACGGGCGCCAAAGGAGAAAAUAGCCAUAUAUAAAUACAUUUGUUUUGCCAAGGGGAAGUCAAACAGCUAAUAUGUACAAUGUUUUCUCAAUGUUAUCAAAAUAAAGAGGGCUUGGAAUGCUCUCUUGAGAGUUCAUAUAGAGCAGACACAACUAAUAGAUAGUAUACCAUGAAAUUAGCACUUAAUAAAAGCUAUUGUAUAGCAUUCAAAUUCUAAAGGAAAUUUUAUACGUAAGUAUCAAAAUAUUAUUUGCACAUCUUUUUAUCUAAACCAUGUGUUCACUUUACAACGUGAACCCUCUACAACAGUGGUCGGCAACCCUAGGCUCUAGAGCCGCAUGCGGCUUUUUCUGGAGCUUUUCCAAAAAUAUAUGAAAAAUAGAAAUGAUGAGGGGAUAAAAAACAUAUUUUUUGUUUUAAGUUGGUUUCUGUUGGAGGACAAGCAUGACACAAACACUGUUUGUAUUAAACAUGCUUCACUGAUUUGAGUAUUUGGCGAGCACCAUUUUGUCCUACUAGUUUUGGCAGUCCUUGAACUCACCGUAAUUUGUUCAUAUGUACAACUUUCUCCGACUUUCUAACACGUGAUUUAUGUGAUUUUGUCCACCGAACUGAUAACGUUGUGCAUGAAUGCACAAAGGUAAGUUUUGUUGAUGUUAUUGACUUAUGUGGAGUGCUAAUCAGACAUAUUUGGUCACUGCAUGACUGCAAGCUAAUCGAUGCUAACUUGCUAUUUAGGCUAGCUGUAUGUACAUAUUGCAUCAUUAUGCCUCAUUUGUAGCUAUAUUUGAGCUCAUUAAUCCUCUUAAUUCAAUUUAUAUCUCUUGACACACUAUCUGUAUGUCAUGUAGCUUUUAAUUUUUUGCGGCCCCAGACAGAUUUGUUUUUGUAUUUUUGGUCCAAUAUGGCUCUUUCAACAUUUUGGGUUGCCGACCCCUGCUCUACAACAAACAAAUGACAUAUGAAAUCCUUUUUACAGUAUGUCCAACAAUCAGUCCACAGAAAUUUGAAGGUUAUAAAAAUAGUCUUUUGUUUUAUUUUCAGGCCUUUGCAUGAUCUAUAAAAGCUGAUUGAUGCUAUUCCUGCUUUGAAUCAUGAAUCAAUAAUACAUAGAUAACCAUUGCCACUCAUAAACAUUUCAUCAGAUUUCAUUAAAAUAUGAAAAAAAUAAAAAUAAAAGGGCGGAAAUGCUCUUGACAAAGUAAUUUCAGGACGGAGACUUGACGCGAUGCUAUGAUAAGUAGUUGUGCAAUGUUUGUGCUUUAUUCUGGAUGUGGCGAGAUGCGUUUAUUGAAGAUGGACUCUGGGAUGUCUUUUUUCAUUUCCUUAUUUGCAAAUGUCUUUUUGCUAUGGUGUCACCCUUACGGUGACGGCGACAACAUAGAAUGCUGUUAGAUAUAGUUGCAGAAAAGUUUUGGUGAAUUUCAACAAUAAAGAUGAAUUACAUUUA